UUAAUUUAGAAUCAAUUUAAUUUCGAAGAAUCGCAAGCGGCAACGGCGGGCGAAUGCUGCUAACAACGCCGCCGAGCAAACUCGAGACAUCGAACGCAAGCGACAACAGCGGACUGCGGGCAUGACCGUCAGUGACGUCGUAGUCUCCGUCGCAGCCGAUUGUGUGUGUAACCUCAUAAUUGAGAAAUACUUUAAUCAACACUAGGGAUUAACCUAGUGAUAAACACCUGGGGCUACAGGUUUCUGCUUCGCUGGUUAAUCAUCUUCACGGAGUUGAAGGGCCGACGAAUUCUUUUUCAUAUAUAGGUCAAUUUGGCGUGUAGACGGCGGUUAGUGAACUCCCAUUAAUUCAUUUAAGACUAUCGCCUGUGACCGUUCUCGUCAACGGAAUCGAAGAGCUUUCGACUGCUCCGUAUGCCGAACGGCCAGAUUUGCCGCCAUUUUCCGUGUCGAUGAUACAGCUUUGGCUAUGGUAAGAGUAUACUUGUUAUGUGCCGGUACUUUAAAGUGCAACGUUGCUUCGCUGCGUAGGAGGCCUCAAAAUAUGCUGUUGCGUUUCCGAAGAACACGACUGUUGAAGAUGAGUUACGACAAUAUAAAGCACGCUAGUAACCCCAGAACCGAAAAGAGGUGUUAUAGAUUACUUUUAAUCAGUCGGGUUUCAUUUUAUAAUGACGGUGUACUCUGGGCACUUAACGUUGCAUAAAGCUAACUGCGCGCGCGGAACCUUUAGAUUUCGUUUCCUUCCGUGACCCAUAAAGCUCAACUCAUCAUUAUUGCUACGCUGACUUUGAUACCUCAAAAUGCUUAUUGCUGCGAGGGGAAGCGUUAUGCAAGACCCUUAGUAUCGUUUCUGACAUACUGGAGCGAAGUUUCAAUUGUGGCUAGCUAAGCAGACCAAUUGCUAAUUAUAGCGUUAUUUACUACUAUACAAAUUACUUUUAACUCAAGUACCGCUUCGUUAUUAUUUCUAUUAAUGCAACCUCGGCGCUCAGAAAUAAAGGUGACUAAGUUGUUCUAGUUUCCUUGAUGUGGAAUGUGUUCGGCUUUCCGCGGGCAAUAUUCGUAGUGGUCUUAGCGGUUAAUCUUUGUAGCGCAACCAACGCUACAAGGAUUGGUUUGGGGAUAGCCGGCUGUAGAGUAGCCAGUUCUGUCAACUGCUCUGAGAUAAUAUAAAGCAGAACGACGGCCCAUUAACGUGCCCCAAUUCCGUGCCUUUUGGCAGAGGAGCCCGAAAGGCACGUCCAAUGUCGCAUUGGAUGGUGGCACGUGCCUUUGCACCCACUACUUUCCCGAAAUUUCCGAGUGCUUUCUCCCUCUCUCUCUCUCUCUCAUUCUCAUUGGCCGGUAUGUAGCAGCAGACAGCGCGCCGCGCGCAAACGGAAACCCAGCAGCACCUUGGCCCGGUAUCGAUCCCGAGCACACCGCGUCGUCGUCCCAGUGUUUUUGCGGCCCUGGCCACCCAGCUACUUGUUGCCAGACUCUAGAGGUGGCGCUGCAAGCCAUUCUGCUGCCACCUUCGCUGCCGCGCUCUUCCUCCUUUUUUUUUCACUCUUGGGGAAGAGAGCUGCCCAAUCCCGGCGAUUCUCCCCACGCGUCGUCGUCCCUUAGUCGGGACACGCUCCGCAGCGGCGCACUCCUUUCCCAUUGGCGGGCCCCGCUUUGGGCACCAAUUUUUGUGCGCUUGGGAAUGAAAACGCCAUCUCUCGGUGGAUGCGUGACCUUUAAGGAAGCUCUUGCGCCACCUUCAUCGCAGAAUUUCUCGUCGCGAAAUCACGCCGAUAGAUGUCACCUCAUUUGCAGGAGCGCCCUGCUGAAAAAACCGAGGUUGAGAACGGGUUUUCCGGACGCUUCGCCUCGGAGUCGGUGUCGCUGGUGGACUCGAGCUUCAACUCUUCCCCUUUCGCGCCGCCGCCGUUCGCUCCGCUGUCCGGGCCCGGGGUGCCUCGCCGAGGAGAGAUAGAUUCGAACGCCGCGCUCUCAGGUGUGCGCCGACGAACGCGGGUGGCUGGGCUGCGCCUCCGUGUUUCGGAGCGGCGGAUGACGACGACUAGGACCCUUCCUGAGCCCGCUUCGGACCUCCUCUGCUAAAGUCCGGAUGUUCUCGUCGGUGCCGCGGUCUUGCAACAAAGAGCGGCCGGCGGCAAACGAGCAGCAGCCCGGCGGCGGCAUGUGACGAUGUGGGCGGCCGAGAACUACGCGCCGGGCCUGAUCGCCAUCAGCGAGAGCGCCGGUGAGAACCCUCUACAGAGCCAGCGGCCAAAAUGGCGCCGCCUGUGCCGCUACCUGGGCGUGCUGGCGUUCCUCUCGGUGCUGGGCAUCGGGCUGUGCUUCGCCAUCGCGCUCACGGUCGCCCAGCCGCCCGGCCGCGCCUCGUGGGAGUACCUGCUCAUCUCGAGCCCCAUCGUGAUCCCAGGCCUGCUAGCGCUCUACCUCUGCACGCGCCGCUGCUGCGGACUCAUCCUCAACCUUGUGUUCGCCUUCCUGGCGCUGCUGUGCGGCGCGGUGCUCGUGGCCACCGAGACGCUCGCCUCCAUCGGCAUCAUGCUCACCAUCGUGGGCGGGCUCAUCCUGGUCGUCAUCCUGGUGACGCUCGUCUACGACCGCGUCACGGGCCGCUCGUACGAUGACGAUGACGAGGACGCAGAGCUGGGCAGCGGCAUCGGCAUCGGCGCCACGGGCAGCAUACGCAACCGCAGCCUGCGGCGCCGCGCGGGCGACCUGCUCUUCGGGGACGACGUGUCCCAGAGGGCGUACCCCAACUGCGCGCCGCUGCGGCGAAGCUUCCGGCUCGCCUCGCAGAAGAAAAAGCACCACCCGCACACGCAGGUGCAGUUCAUUGUGCCCGAGCUGCCCCCGCCUUCGUCGGGCUUGCACUCGCGCAACAGCCCCGAACACGGCGUGCACACCCAGGGUUCCUCGACCGCCGCGGGAGUCGAGCGACCCGCGACGCCUGAUGGCAUGCCGCGCGGCCAUCAUGAAGCCAGCGUCGCCAGUACCAGCGGGAGGCCCGGCGGAGCCUGCGAAGCCACGCACGUCUGCACGCACGCCCCGUCGCCGCAGCCCCAACUUGUUGCCGCAGCCUCCAACGAGCAGACGUCCUGAGGACAGCCUCGUGAACGAUGCAUCGCUGACAUAACGGGACGCUCGCGCAGCGGCGAAACACAGCGUUCAGAUUCUCACCUGUUGCACC